AUGCCCGCGCAGUGCGCCUUCGCAGCCCAGAGGCCCGCAGCCCCCGUCGCCCACCCAAAGUCCCUGGGGGCGCGGUGCCAGAGGCGCGGGCCGUUGGGGGGCGUCGGACGCCUGUGGCGAGGGAGCAGGUCGUUCUGCAAUGGGGAGCGGCCGAAGUUGCCGCCGACAAGGGCCCAGCCGUUGCCGAGCUCCUGGGAGCUGCAGGAAUCCUGGGAAGCCGAGGGAUCCGCGAUCACCGCUGAGGACGAGCUCGAAGACUGGUUUGAGGACGAUGGCCCAGGUGGUGACAUUCAGGAAGCUAUAGCGAUUGCUCUUGCUGCACUGCUCUUGGCUGGGACCAUCAACAUUGGCUGGAGGCUGUUGGUGGUGUGCAUUUCCGUGGCAUCAACGGCAUUCAAGUACUCAGCAGUGGCACUUUUGCUCCUGUUCUUUGUUGUGGUUACCAUUUAG